GUGAGUAUAAUGAGGAUAUUGAUAUUUUUAUUAGUCAAUUAUCAUCAUAUUUAGUUGGCACUGGUAUAGACCUACAUGCCAAUCAAGAUCAAGCAUUUGGUAUUCUUAGAAGGUGUUUAUAUGGAAAUCCUUCAAUUGCUCAUAAUUAUGCAAAUACUGCUAGUAAUAAUGCAAUAACAGUAGGCGUUUCUAUAAUUCUAGCUAAAGCUUUUACUAAAGAUUGGUGCUUGGCUGGGAGACAACCAUCAGAUAGACCUGUUAAUGCAAUUAAUGCAGGUUUGUCUCCAAACUUGGAGGAUGAUACAGAACGCAUUGGUACUGAGCAACUAUUAGCUAAUCUUUUGAAAUUUUGGAGUGAAUUGAAAU